AUGCAUUCAUAUUUUGAGAUAAAAUUGCCUCAACUUCAUUCAUUCACAUUUCUCCCUCAAAUCACCUCCUUCAUAAUUCAUCAUUUUUCUCAAGAACCUUAGAUUCGUUAAUUAAUAUCUUGUGAGUAUUUAUUUGGAGGAGUGAGUAAUAUACAUAUAUAAAUAUAAAUAAUCGACAUACGCACGUAUAGAAGCUAGUGAUUAGCACUAGCAAUGGCUCAUAUUAAGAUGUUGAUAUGGGUAUGUUGCUUGGCGCUAUGGACUAGUUUUGCCUUUGGGAUUGGUGUUAAUUGGGGUACACAAGCUGCACAAACAUUGCACCCUUCAACAAUUGUUCAAAUGCUCAAGGAUAACAAGAUUGAUAAAGUCAAAUUGUUUGAUUCUGAUCAUUGGACUGUCAAGUACUUUGCUAAUACUGGAAUUGAGGUCAUGGUUGGAAUCCCAAACAACCAAUUGGGAAAAUUUGCAAGUGAUUAUGACUUUGCCAAGGAAUGGGUGAAAAAUAAUGUCAGCACACAUUUGUAUAAUGGAGGUGUUAAUAUUAAGUUCGUGGCAGUUGGAAAUGAACCAUUCUUGAAAUCAUACAAUGGUUCAUUCUUGAAAUCUACUUUCCCAGCUUUACAAAAUGUACAAAAAGCCCUGAAUGCAGUUGGCCUUGGUGACAAAAUUAAAGCUACCAUCCCACAAAAUGCAGAUGUUUAUGAUUCCGGUAAUGGGGGUCCAUCAAAUGGCAAUUUUCGCUCGGACAUUAGGGACCUAAUGCAAAAUAUUUGUCGUUUCUUCAAAGAAAACAACGCCCCCUUCCUCGUAAAUAUCUAUCCUUUCCUUAGUCUCAAUGAAAACAAACAUUUUCCUGUAGAAUUCGCAUUUUUUGAUGGUACGUCCAAGCCUGUAAAAGACAAUGGAAUAUCAUACACUAAUAUGUUCGAUGCAAAUUUGGACACAUUAGUAGUGUCAAUGAGAAAAGCUAAUUGUGCUGGUGUGAAAAUUAUUGUUGGAGAAAUUGGUUGGCCAACUGAUGGAGAUUUAUACGGAAAUGUCACAAUGGCCAAAAAAUUCUAUAGUGGAUUUUUCAAGAAAAUAGCAACGAAAAAAGGAACACCACUAUACCCUGGAUAUAUUGAGUAUUAUUUAUUUAGUUUAACAGAUGAGAACCAAAAGAGUAUAGCACCAGGGAGUUUUGAACGUCAUUGGGGUAUUUUUAAGUAUGAUGGACAACCUAAAUUUCCAAUGGAUAUCACAGGGCAAGGACGUGAGACAAUGCCUGUUGGUGCAAAGAAUAUUAAGUACUUGGAGAAAAAAUGGUGCAUCUUGAACAAAUAUGCUCAAGAUAUAGGUAAGCUACCUUCAAGUGUACAAUAUGCUUGUUCUAGGUCAGAUUGUACAGCAACGUCAUAUGGAGGAUCAUGCAACAAGUUGGAUGCAAAUGGAAAUAUUUCAUAUGCAUUUAACAUGUAUUUCCAGAUGAAUGGUCAAGAUGUGGAAUCUUGUGUUUUUGAUGGAAUGGCACAAAUUGUGCAGACCAAUGCUUCUAUUGGUUCUUGUCUAUUCCCUCUUGGUUUGGAUAGUGCUGGAGCUAGAAUUGGUUUGGAUUCAAUGAUCAACAUUCUUGUUGGUUUCUUCCUCUUUUUGGCACUUCUCUAGAAAAAAAUUAACAAAUUAAGUUUGCUUUGGAAUGUCAUGUAUUAGACAUUUGAUUGGUUGAAAUAUAAGAGAAAGUACUAUUACCAAUAUUUACUUUAUUGGAA